CAUGACCAGGAAGUGAUUUAUCAUCGAACAAUCUAAAAAUUAAUGCGUUCGCUGAACAUUUUCGAAGAGAAAUGUAAAAGUUUAUGGCAACAGUACAACGGAACGAUUCAUACGGUGCAAGUCAUUUUCGUUUGAAACGAUUUUGACAAACAUUUCAAACGAAGAGGGAAAUUUUCAACUUUGACCCCUGACGAAUUGAAUGAGUUUUCUGCAAAAUGGCAGCAUCAAUACCUUCUGCCGUGUCAACAACCUCAUUGGGUCAAAAACGCAGGGCAUCUUUGAAGAAGAAAGAAAGAAGAAAACGAAAACGCCAAGCCCUCGCCAAAGCCCAAAUCAGAGAAUCUGGUGAGAAUGGAGAUGAUUCUCCACCAGAACAAGAUGAUGAUGAAGAUGAAAGGAAGGCUGAGGAAGAAAGACGGCGCCUAGACCAGGAGUGGCUGGAGAGGGAGAGGCUGGCCCAGCAGGAAUUCAGACUCCGGUGGGAGAGGGAAGACGCUGCAAGGAAGAGACAGGAGGAAGAGGAGGCGAGGAUAAAGCAGGAAUGGGAGGCCCAGCAGAGGAGAGAGGAAGAGGAGAAGGAGCAGAAGCAACAGGAGAAGAGAGACAGAGAGGAAGCUGUACAGAAAAUGUUGGACCAGGCUGAGAGUCAGCUGGAGAAUGGGGGUCCCUGGAGAAACCCUGAGGCUCCAGACUUUGGUACGGAGCUAGACCGGGCUAACUGCCCCUUCUUCCUCAAAACUGGAGCCUGCCGCUUCGGCGACAGGUGCUCUCGUAAGCAUGUCCACCCCCCGUCCAGCCCUACUCUGAUGAUCCGGGGGAUGUUUGCGACUUUCGGGAUGGACCAGAGGUCACGGGACGACUACGAUACAGACGCCUGUCUGGAGCACAGCGAGGAGGAGGUACAACAGCAGUUUGUGGAUUUCUACGAGGAUGUACUUCCUGAGUUCAGGACUGCUGGCAAGGUGGUGCAGUUUAAGGUCAGCUGCAACUUUGAGCCACAUUUGAGAGGAAAUGUUUAUGCCCAGUUUGACACAGAGGAGCAGUGCAGAGAGGCCUUCAUGAUGUUCAAUGGAAGAUGGUACGCUGGUAAACAGCUCCAGUGUGAGUUCUCUCCUGUCACCAGAUGGAAGACUGCUAUAUGUGGUUUGUUUGACCGACAGAAGUGUCCGAAAGGAAAGCACUGCAACUUCCUGCACGUGUACCGUAACCCUGGAAAUGAGUUCUGGGAGGCAGACAGGGACCUGCACAUGUCCCCCGACCGGGGAGGAGGGGGUACCGGGUCUUUCGCUGGGGGCCGGUUCUCUGAGAGGAGUAGCCGCUCCUCGUGGACCGAGAGGUCACAGAGCCGACGCGGGGAGAGGAGCAGGAGGAGUAGGAGCAGGGAGAGCAGAAUAGCCCAAAGGAGAGAGAGUCUUCAGAGUGACAGGUCUUGGACCAGUCGUACCAGCACGAGACCCAGGUCGAGGAGUAGGGACAGAGAAAGGAGAGACAGGAGCAGAGAUAGGAGGGACAGAGGCAGGAGCAGGGACAGAGACCGGCGGGAUGGGAGCAAGAGAGAGGGGUGGAGGGGUUCACCCACAGAGGCUAGUAGGGGGAGAUCCAGAUCAGCCAGCCCUGGAGAGUCCUCUACGAGGAAGAGUCCUCUGGAGACUAAGAGGAAGAGACAGGGGAGCAGGAGCCCUGGAGAGUCCUCUAAGAGGAAGAGACAGGGGAGCAGGAGCCCUGGAGAGUCCUCUAAGAGGAAGAGACAGGGGAGCAGGAGCCCUGGUGAGUCCUCUAAGAGGAAGAGACAGGGGAGCAGGAGCCCUGGAGAGUCCUCUAAGAGGAAGAGACGGGGGAGCAGGAGCCCCGGGAAAACAUCCCAAAAAGACAAGCAGCCAGCCAACGACAGCAGCGACACAGCUCCAUCACGCCAUAAACACUCCAAAAAAAGCAAAAAGAAGAAGAGCAAGAGGAGGAAACCCAAGAGGGACAAAAAGAGCCAGUCGGCUGGGGGUCAGAGUUCAUCUGCAGAGUCAGGGAAGGAGUCUUGGGACGAGGAGAAACCCUCUCCAAACCUUGUAGACAGCAGUACACGGACUCCUCAUGAGGUAGACAACACUACCCAGGAGACUGUGGAUGUAGACAACACUACCCAGGAGACUGCUGGGGUAAAUACCAUACUUAGUCUCAUGUUGUCUGAGUCUCUUGAUAAUGCCAAUGCAGUCACUUCAGACAUACAGACCCAGGUGAAGGAGGAGCCUGAGGAUCCCUGUCCACCUAUUGUCCCCUCUCCUAGCCCUGGGGAUGUGGACAUCGCUCAGACUCCUGGGGCCACUGACAACAGUACUCCUGAGGCAAACGCACUCUCCCCAGACCCCCAUAGUAUCUUCCUCAAGCAGGAGUAUCCCUCUCUACCCAGUGUGCCUGAAGAGGAAUGUGAACAGGAUGGACCUGAGACGCUGCCUGAUUCCCCUGACGAUGAUGACCCAUAGCGGAAUUAAAUGUGUUCUGUAUGGACUUCACCACGACCGCUAUGGCCAUUUUGAAUUGCACACUGUUUAUGCAUUGACUGUUUUCAAUCUUCACCAAUGCACUGCUCAACCUAGCUUUCACAAAUGUUACGUUUGUUCCAAAUGUAAGAUGUGACAAUUAAAAGUUUUUAUACAUUG